GUGCAGUGAACAUUUUUCUUUGGUGAAUGGUGAAAUGAGUGAAAAUAUGGAAAAAGGAGUCGAAAAUUUGAACUUGAACAAAGACGAAAAGGCAUGAUUGUUAAAUACUAAUUAUUUCAAUAUGUUAAGAAUUUUACGUUCAGUUAGAAUCGCUGUUCCGGCUUUACACCGUUCAUAUCCUUCCUUGGCCAAAUUGAAAAAGAACAAACAAGCUCAAAGUGGAGGCGAAAACACGAUGUCUAAAGAAAUGAACCCUUGGCCAUCUUAUAUACAAGACAGGCUUACCCUAUGGGACAAACUAAAGGCCAAGUAUGAAGCUGAUAUAGCAAGUAAACCUGAAAAAUCUAUCACAGUUACAUUGCCAGAUGGUAAACCUAUAGAAGCUACUGCUUGGAAGACUACUGCCUAUGAUGUUGCAAAAGGGAUCAGUUCCGGUUUGGCGGACAACACGGUGAUCGCCAAGGUAAACGGCGUUCUGUGGGAUCUGGACCGGCCCCUUGAAGAAGAUUGUGCACUGCAGCUGCUCAAGUUCGACGAUCCGGAAGCUCAAGCUGUCUUCUGGCACUCUUCUGCGCACGUUUUGGGAGAAGCCCUGGAACGCAUCUACGGCGGCUGCCUUUGCUACGGCCCCCCCAUCGAAUCCGGGUUCUAUUAUGAUAUUUUCGUUGGAGAAAAGGGGAUUUCCCAAACUGACUUCCCAGUAGUAGAAGGCCUCAUGAAGAACAUCGUCAAAGAAAAGCAGUCUUUUGAAAGGCUUGAGAUGAGCAAAGCCGAUUUAUUGGAAAUGUUCAAAUACAAUGAGUUCAAAGUACGCAUUUUGAAUGAAAAAGUCACCACUCCUACCACCACUGUCUACAGGUGUGGCCCACUUAUAGAUUUGUGCAGGGGGCCCCAUAUUCGACAUACUGGAAAAAUAAAGGCUCUCAAAGUAACCAAGAACUCAUCUACUUAUUGGGAGGGCAAAGCUGAAGCAGAAACUCUCCAACGAGUUUAUGGAAUCAGUUUUCCUGAUACAAAGCAGUUGAAGGAAUGGCAAACACUGCAAGAAGAGGCAGCCAAAAGGGAUCACAGAAAAAUUGGAAGGGAACAAGAAUUGUUCUUUUUCCAUGAAUACUCUCCGGGCUCCUGCUUCUUCCAGCCGAGGGGGGCUCAUAUUUACAAUACUUUGCUUGAGUUCAUCAAAAAACAGUAUAGGAAACGUGGUUUCCAUGAAGUGAUUUCUCCUAAUAUAUACAAUGUUAAAUUGUGGCAGACUUCUGGUCAUUGGACUCACUAUGCGGAAAAUAUGUUUUCAUUUGAAAUCGAGAAGGAUAAGUUUGGGCUGAAACCUAUGAAUUGCCCAGGUCAUUGCUUGAUGUUCGACAACCGCGUCCGGUCGUGGCGUGAACUGCCCCUCCGCCUGGCCGACUUCGGCGUAUUGCACCGCAACGAGCUGUCCGGCGCGCUGACCGGUCUCACGCGCGUGCGUCGCUUCCAGCAGGACGACGCGCACAUCUUCUGCGCACCCGAGCAGCUCAAGCAGGAGAUCACCGCGUGCCUGGACUUUAUGAAGUACGUGUACGAUACGUUCGGGUUCACGUACAGCGUGUGCUUGAGCACCAGGCCGGAGAAGUAUUUGGGGGAGAUCGAGUUAUGGAAUACAGCUGAAAAGGCAUUAGGAGAAAGUUUGGACGACACCGGUUUGCCAUGGACGAUAAACCCAGGGGAUGGCGCAUUUUAUGGUCCCAAAAUUGACAUUACGAUCAAGGAUGCUUUGAAGAGGUCUCACCAGUGCGCCACCAUUCAGCUUGAUUUCCAGUUACCCAUCAGGUUCAACCUAUCCUACGUGAGCGAGACUGGUGACAAAAAGCGCCCCGUCAUCGUGCACCGCGCCAUUUUGGGCUCGUUGGAGCGCUGCAUCGCCGUCCUCACCGAAAACUUCGCCGGAAAGUGGCCCUUCUGGCUGUCUCCGAGACAAGCCAUGGUGGUGCCGGUGGGGCCCUCUUACGACGAGUACGCGCAGCUGGUCAAAAACAGGCUGUUCGAGGCCGGUUUCAUGGCCGAGAUGGAUAUCGAUGCGGGGGACACUAUGAACAAGAAGAUACGGAACGCGCAAUUGGCGCAGUUCAACUACAUCUUGGUGGUUGGAGAAAAGGAACGAUCUAGCAACACUGUAAACGUACGUACCAGAGACAAUGUCGUGCAUGGAGAAUAUUCCGUAGAUACGGUUAUAGAAAAAUUGUCCAAACUGAGAGAUAAUUACAUCAACAAUGAUAAUGACUUCUAAGUGCUUUUCCUGGUGAUAUUUUUGUAAUCAGGUGAUACUUUUUUGUGUAAAUUUUUGUCAUUACUAUGGUGCUGUUAGAAAGUUUAGAGAAACACCUAUCAUUGAGUUCAUUAAAAAAUCUCUUAUCAAAUAUUCAAUAACAUAAUUCAAUUCUUAUUGUAAGUUCAAAAAUACUUCUUGAGUGAUGACAAACAUUUCCGGAAGUAGCCUGCUGAUGCUUGAAAAACUACCAUUUUACUUGAAAUGAGACAAGUAUAGCAAUGUUGAUAUCGCUAGGUUUUUUAUUUAUUAUUUUGUUACAAGAAAUAUCGGUUCAAGAAGUGAAGCUUUAUUCAAAUAAAAUCUUUCUAAGUCAGU